AUGUCCCGAGAGGUGGCAGGCUCAUGCCGCCUGGGCCCCGGGGCACGGGCGCGGGCACGGAAGCCCAAGAAGCCACACUACAUCCCGCGGCCCUGGGGGAAGCCCUACAACUACAAGUGCUUCCAGUGCCCGUUCACCUGCCUGGAGAAGUCGCACCUGUACAACCACAUGAAGUACAGCCUCUGCAAGGACUCCCUCUCGCUGCUGCUUGAUUCCCCCGACUGGGCAUGCCGCCGUGCCCCUGCCACCCCCCGGCCCCUGGAGCCCGCCACAGACUGCCCCUCUGGCCCCACAGAACCGGGCAGGCGACCCCGAGGAGCUCGGCUCCCAGAUGCUCCCGCCACGCCCGACCUCGUUGUCACUGACCUUCUCUCCCUGCACCGCUGUGGAGGGGGCCCCAAGCCAGAGGCUGAGGGGUCCCCAGAGACACCACCCCCUGCAGCCAAGGAUGCCCAGAAGGGUGUGGGCCUUGGAGGGCUGCUGGCCGAGUCAUGGAAGCCAGGGCUGGGCAGGGGCCCCAGGAGCAUGGCUGUGGUAGACUCAGCCUCAGUGGGCCCUGAGAGCAGCGUCCCCUGCUACCCUCCGCCCACCUCCAGCGAGUUCCCUGAGGCCCAGAGCCUCCAGCUGUCCCUGCUGGGAGUCAACUACCCUCUUGGCCCCAGCCUCUUUUCCUACCUGGGGCCCUCCCUGGCCACGGCAGCCCAUAUGCCCUUCCUGGGCUCAGCCAGCCCCCUCCUUCCCCCAGCCUCUGCCUUCCCUGCCCUGCAACCCCUAGAGCGCCCCACCCCUCUCCCCCGCCUAUACUACCCUCUGCUCCUGGAGCACAGCCUGGGGCUGCAGGCAGGCAAGGCUGCUGCCCCUGCCAAGGCUCCUGCUCCUCCCAAGGGACCCCCUGGGACUCUGGCCCCUGGGCUGUUAAAAGUGCCAGUACCUGGGCUGGGGGGGCCCUGGCCCUGUGGUGCCCCCAGGGACCCAGGGCAGGAGGGAGGGCUGGAGCUGGCUGCCCAGAGUGACCCCAAGAGGAAGCUGCCCCCGGGAAGCAGGCUGGAGCCCCCGAAGGCUCCCUCCAGCUUGGCCAACUUUGGUUCCCAGAGCAGCCUGCGGAAUGGCCCCUCCAUGAUUCUCUGGCCUGAGGACAAGGAGCCAGGCGACCCGGAGAUCCUGGGCCCUGUUUCCCCGCUGCCCCAGCAGCCACCGGGCCUGGUGCUGGGGGGCCCUGGGCAUGUGUGUGAGGACCUGACCCGGGCUCUCGGCGACUAUGCUAGGGUGGAGCAGCGCCUGGGGCAGUUGGCACCUGCCAGGGGCCUGGCCCCACGGCCUCUGCGGGAGCAACUGGGCAAGAUCCGCAGGGAGCUGCUCACCAUCCACCAGGUGCUAGAGCAGGCCGUGCGGCCCCCAGACAUGCCACUCGACCUCUCGGUGAAACGGACGCCCUCCAAGGUGCCCGAGGUGUCCUCAGGGUCCUGGGGGCAACCAGAGCUGGGUUCUGUAUUGGCCCAGGGAACCCCUGAGCCACCCAGGAUGCUGGGCCCCACAGUGGCUGAGCCUUUCUCUGGCCAUACCACCAAGUGUGAGGCUGACUCCAGUGUCCCUCCCCCGGGGCUCCCCCUCCCAGCCCCAGAGGACCCUGUCAUUCCUGGCAGUAGCUGGGGCCCCCGUGGCAGGGCUGGGGGCUCCUGGCCUCCCGAGGCUGUCUCUGGCCUGCAGAGCUCCCCAGGGGCCGAGGUCUGA